AUGGCUGCCAACCCGCCGGAAGGUUACGCUUCCGACGAUUUCCUAGAGCAAAUCCUUGCGAUUCCUUCGUACGGCGGACUCGGCGGAGUCGACGCCGCCAACGCCUCGGGGACUUCGUCACUAAGCGAUGCUGUACCCCAGCUCGGUCCAUCCGCCGCCGACAACCUCCACCACCCACCGCCGAUGUUUCCUUUGAGCCUGAGCCUGGACAACGGCCGCGACGCAGUAAAUAGCUACGGCGCCUUUGCCGUGAGGCCAGAAAGGGAAGCAGUUAAUAACAGCAUAGGGAGCUUACAUCCGGUGUUUGAUCAUUUACAGGCUCAUGCAUUUCGCCAUCCUGUGCCUCAAGUUCCACAGCCCUUUCAAGGCGUGCCAAGAGAAAGCCUGGCUGUAACCGUGCCACACCCGCCUGUCAUUAGGCCUAGAAUUCGAGCAAGAAGAGGCCAAGCGACGGACCCCCAUAGUAUUGCUGAGCGGUUGCGUAGAGAAAGGAUAUCUGAAAGAAUCAAGGCUCUGCAAGAACUUGUUCCCAGCUGCAACAAGACUGAUAGGGCUGCUAUGCUCGACGAGAUACUGGACUAUGUGAAGUUCUUAAGACUUCAAGUCAAGGUUUUGAGCAUGAGUCGGCUAGGCGGUGCUGGUGCAGUGGCACAACUUGUUACCGAUAUACCCUUUCAGCCCAUUGAGGACGAUACCAGUGAAAACCAGCACAUGUGGGAAAAAUGGUCGAACGAGGACACAGAGAGUGAGGUGGCUAAACUCAUGGAGGAGGAUGUGGGGGCUGCAAUGCAGUUGCUUCAGUCAAAAUCACUCUGCAUCAUGCCUAUUUCGCUUGCCGCCCUUAUCUAUCCCACGAACCAAACGGAUGUCUCGAAUCACGUCAAAUCCGAGCCCUCAGCCCCUCUGUAA